UCCCCACACUGGAAGGUUCAUUCUUUUCUCAUCCUCCCUCAGAGGGCAGCGCGCUCCGUCCUUGUUUUCUCCGCCAUUUUGAAGGAGUCGCGACGCAGGGAGAAGGAGCAGUCUACUCCAGCACCGUUAAUUGGCCUGCGCAGUCACAGCACAACAAUCUAUCGCCGCCGCCGCGAAUAUGAGCUCCCCGGUGAACGUGAAAAAGCUGAAGGUGUCGGAACUGAAGGAGGAGCUGAAGAAGAGACGGCUGAGCGAUAAGGGUCUGAAGGCCGACCUCAUGGAGAGGCUGCAGGCCGCACUGGACGAGGAGAGCACCUCUGGCGGCGGUGUGGUCGGGGCAGUGUCGGGAGAAGGGAUGGACGCUGGGGAGGAAGCGGAGCAGGGCGCAGGGGAGGACGAGGAAGAAGAGGAGGAGGACGAGGAAGGCAUGGAGGUCGGCGGAGAGAAUGGAGGCGAGGCGGCCCACGGCGAGGAAGCGGAAGCCGCGGGCGCCAGCCAGGAAGACGAGAAUGGAGACGACCAGGGCUUCCAGGAGGGGGAGGAGGACGAAGACGAGGAGGAUGAGGGCAUCCCCGUAGGCCUAGAAGAGGAGGAGGAGGAUGAUGAUGAUGAGCAGGGCGAGGAGGCGGCGAAGGAAGAGGAAGGAGCGGCGCCUAGCGGCCCGCAGCCUCUCAUGGCCAUCAAGUGCGAGGAGGCGGGAGCGUCGGCCCGGGGCGACGGGAAAGAUCAAAAGGAUAAGAAACGUGGUGUGAAAAGACCACGAGAGGAUCAUGGUCGGGGCUACUUUGAGUAUAUUGAAGAAAAUAAGUACAGCAGGUCCAAGUCCCCACAACCACCAGUUGAAGAGGAAGAUGAACAACUGGAUGAAACCAACGUUCUUCUUGACACUUAUAACUGUGAUCUUCACUUCAAAAUCUCCCGGGAUCGGUUAAGCGCCACUUCCCUCACUAUGGAGAGUUUUGCUUUCCUGUGGGCUGGUGGCAGAGCCUCAUAUGGUGUCACAAAAGACAAAGUUUGUUUUGAGAUGAAGGUGACAGAAAAGGUGCCUGUGAAGCAUUUGUACUCUAAAGACAUUGAUGUGCAUGAAGUACGUGUUGGAUGGUCCUUAAGCUCCUGUGGAUUUAUGCUGGGUGAAGAUGAAAACUCUUAUGGCUAUUCACUAAAAGGAUCCAAGUCUUACAAUGGAGUUGCUGAGGAGUAUGGCGAGAAAUAUGAUGAGAAUGAUGUAAUCACCUGUAUGGCGAAUUUUGAAGGUGAUGAAAUCGAGCUUUCUUAUGCAAAAAAUGGCCAGGACCUCGGAGUGGCUUUUAAAGUUGACAAAGAUGCACUAUCUGAGCAACCCCUUUUCCCACAUGUCCUUUGUCACAAUUGUGCUGUGGAGUUUAACUUCGGCCAGCAAGCUGAACCAUUCUUUCCAAUUCCUGAAGGAUUUACAUUCAUUCAGAACGUCUUGCUUGAAGAUCGUGUGAGAGGUCCAUUAGGGCCAGAACAAAAGAAGGACUGCGAGGUUAUCAUGAUGAUUGGUUUGCCAGGAGCUGGGAAAACCACUUGGGUCAAUCAGCAGGUUUCUGAGAAUCCCGGGAAAUAUAAUGUCCUUGGAACAAACAAUAUUAUGGAAAGAAUGAUGGUUGGUAAUAAAAAGAUGACUGACGCUGUAAAACUGAAUGCAUUGCUCCAGAGGGCCCCACAAUGCCUUAGCAAGUUCAUUGAAAUUGCUGCUCGGAAGAAGAGACACUUCAUUCUAGAUCAAACAAACGUAUCCGCUGCUGCUCAGAGGAGAAAAAUGUGCUUGUUUGCUGGAUUUCAGCGUAAGGCUGUUGUUGUGUGUCCAAGUGAUGAGGUUUAUAAAGAGAGAACUCAAAAGAAAGCAGAGGUUGAAGGAAAGGACCUUCCUGAACAUGCGGUGCUUAAAAUGAAGGGGAACUUUACACUACCAGAAGCCAGCGAGUGCUUUGAUGAAAUUGUUUAUGUGGAACUGCAAAAAGAAGAGGCCGAGAAACUUGUAGAGCAGUAUAAAGAGGAGAGCAAAAAAUCUCUUCCUCCUGAAAAGAAACAAAACAUUGGCGCAAAGAAACCCAACAAGAACAAAAACAAGUCCAGAGGUGGACAUGGGCACGGUGGGCAUAGAGGCCGUGGAGGUGGAAGCUACAAUAUGCGUGGAGGAAACUUCCGUGGUGGAGCUCCUGUGAAUCGUGGAGGAUUUAACAGGAGGGGUAACAUGCCACAGCGUGGAGGUGGUGGUGGAGGAGCAGUUGGUUAUCCAUAUCCUCGUGCACCAGCCUAUCAGAACAGGGGUGGUUACAAUAACCGUGGGAACUAUGGUCGUGGUGGUGGAGGUGCUUCAAUGCCCAGUCGUGGAAACUACAAUCAGAACUUUAGAGGAAGGGGAAACAACCGUGGCUUCAAAAACCAUUCUCAGAGUUACAACCAGUGGCAGCCGCAGCAGCAGGGCCAAUACUGGGGUCAAAAGCCAUGGAGCCAGCAGUACCACCAAGGAUAUUAUUGAAUACUCAAAUAAAAAUGAACUGAUACACAUUUCUCUUCAAAACCUUCACAAGAAGUCGACUGUUUUCUUUAGGCUAACUUUAAAAAACAAAACAAAACAAAAAAAAAACAUUCCACAAGAGGAAGUGCCUGCGGGUUCUUUAAUGGUUUUCUUUAAUUAUAUUAGUUGCUUUCUGGGUUGAAGUUUUGUUUUUGUAAAUUUUAUUGCAGUUUUAAGUGAUUUGAGAAGAACCUCAGCAUUGUGCACAAUAAGAGAAUGUGUCAGUAUUUCAGGGUUCUACAUUUUAUCUGUACAUUUUUUUCCCCUUUUUUUUACGGUAUGAAAAGUAAAUGUUGCUUUGUAACUGGUGUCUUUUAUUCAGUAAAAUGACUCAAUCUAGCCCUAGGAGAGAGUCAGGGUUUGCUGUCAGAUGUAAUAUGAUGGCGUUGUAGGCCUGUAUGGUGGACGUUUAGUGACACGAAAAUGAACCUUGCAAUUACUAUACAUUGGGUUACGUCUGGGAGCGAACAUCCUGGUCUGUGAGGGCAAGGAGGAGAGCGGACUGAAAAAAAUAAAUGAACAAACUAGAGAGGCUGCAGUGUAUGCCUAGAGCGCUUACAUUUUCCACUUACCUUUGGAAACCACAGACUUUAACUUGUGAAGGUUUAAAACUGUUUUUGCCAUUUGUUAAACUUUGACUCUGCAAAGAAAAGGCAAAGCUGCCUGUUUCUUAUUAAACUAAACUUGUUGUAAAUCUAGUUGUCUGGGAUCUGUAUGAAGUUAGCCAUGUUUGUAUCUCCACUUACCCCUUCCCUUGCAGUUUCUUCAUUUGCCUAGUAUGCUUGUAGUUGCACCAUCAUUGUAAACUAAUGAUAUUGUGAGUUCCAUUACUAUAUAGCCUCUUUUGGAAAAAUGUCAGUUCUUUACAUUUUGCCUGCUAACCUCUAACGAGGAUGAGCUGGAAUACAUCCAUAGCACAUUUGCAAUAAAUAAACGUGAAUUAAACACUCUUGUGUUUUGGGAUUGUCACCAACUUUUAAGAAACCUAAUCCCUGCCCCAUACGACUGCCAUGUCUGCGAUAUGCUUAGACUUGACUACAAUUAAAAAGAUGAAAGGAUUGUGCUGAUGUCCACCCUCUCUCCACUAUAAACUAGUGGAUUGGGAUGCCGUCCAUUUUACAGCAGUCUGGCCUUGGUCCGUAUGCACAUCUCAAAGGCCAUGGCAUGGCAGUCGCCUCAGAUAUACACCAGCUGCUUUAUUUUGCUACCCAAGACCUGUCCAAAGCAGUUCAGCGGUGUCCCAACCCUGCGAUGAGAAGCAUGGUAUAAAGUAAAGCGUUACAUGGAGGGAUUUUCACCCAUGAAUGGUACAAAAUACUAUGGAGCAACUGCCGUUCUGUGGCUUCAUGCCUGUAAGGUAAAGUUUGUCAAGCCUGCCUCCCGUCUGUUAACUUUGGAUGGGAGCUUCUCCAAUGAACUGACUUUGUAUAUAAAGUACUUGCUUGAUUACUACUUUAACUAACACUGGUAAGUUGUAUACCUCCGUUAAUCCCUUUUACACAAAGGGAUUAUCCCCUCUUCUAGUCUGAAAUAAAGUACUCUCUAAUUUCUCUGGUGCCUUAUUAAUUUCAUGUGUGAUCAUUUAAGAAAACAAAAUGGCAGCAUUUACAAAUGUGUGGUCAUGGGUUUAUAUGCAAACUACUUGUAUCACUAUUGCAGUGGCUGGAAGUGUUGGCAUAAAUGACUAGAUCUGUACUUGGCCUUGGGCUGAAUUAAAACUGGUAACCGAAAGCAAUAAGACUACUUUUAGUAGUAAACAUACAGAAAAUGCAACUUGUGGCAGCCUUUUCCAUAAGGGAGGGCAUUGCCUGAAGAAUGGGCCACAAGUGAUAGGCAACGUACAUUAUUUUUAAAGCUGUGCUGAAACGUCAAAUUGUACGCUCUGGUAGUGAGGGAAGUGGAGGCUGUAUGUAGGUGCUGCGUUGUAUCCAGAUUGAGCUCCAGUGGAGUAAAAGGAUUUUAAUUUGAGUCUUUUUUACAAACCUACUGGAAGUACUGAAUAUAUGCUUGGGAAAGCUAUAAACUUGUGGACGUCUGAACUAUUUGAUUUCACUUUUAGUUUUGUGGAUCAGGUUUUUCUUUUUCCCCACUAAGUUUGAGAACACAGGACUUUUGGGUUUUGUGGCUUUUAUAUCUCCCAUUAAUGUCUUACACUUGAAUGCUUGCUGUAACUGCUGUGGUGGGAGCAUCCCAACACCACUUUAUCAUGGCAAAGGUCAUAAGAAUAGUCAGUAGAUCCACAUUUUUUUUUAUUCAUUCAUAAUUGACAGCUUUAUAUUUAGAUGUGUGAAUAUAUUUUAGAAUUCCUUUUGCAUGAAUUCACUUUCAAAUGUGAGUAACUUCUCACCUGCUCUUAAACAUAGAACUAGUGUUUUUUUUCUUCCUUUGAAUUUCCCAUUGUUGAAAUUUUUUUUUAUUUUAUUUUUUUCACUGAUUCAGACUGAGCACCAAGAUAAGUUUUUUGAUUGUGAAAUGUGUUCAUACAUAGAUUGGAUAGUCUUAAGUGACCUUCCCUUCAUUCCUAACAAGGACCACAAUCCACUUUGUCUUUAAUAGUUAAUGGUGCUGUCUUUAGACAGUUAUUCUCUGGUUGGUGGUCCUUCUGCAGUUCAUGUACCUGGUAGGAUCAAACUCCUCAAUACUGAUGGUCAUGGUAAAUCAUAUUUUACACAUGCAGCUUUGGCAUAGUGUGUUUUCUGAGGAAUUUAAGAUGGUUUUUGUC